GUGCCGUGGGGCAGCGAGCCCCAGGGCCCCGCUUGUGCCCUGCAGCAUGGAGUCGGUGGCUCUGUACAACUUCCAGACGACGGAGAAGGAUGAGCUGCCCUUCCAGAAAGGGGACACCCUGAAGAUACUCAACAUGGAAGAUGACCAGAACUGGUACAAGGCUGAGCUGUAUGGCUGCGAGGGCUUUGUCCCCAAAAACUACAUCAAAGUCAAACCCCACCCGUGGUACGCGGGGAGGAUCUCUCGGCACGUGGCGGAGGAGCUGCUCCUCAAGCGCAGAUACGUGGGAGCCUUCCUGAUCCGUGAGAGCGAGAGCGCGCCGGGGGAGUUCUCCAUCUCCGUCAACUACGGGCAGCACGUCCAGCACUUCAAGGUGCUCCGUGAGCGCAAUGGCAAAUAUUUCCUCUGGGAGGAGAAGUUCAACUCCCUCAAUGAGCUGGUGGACUUCUACAGGACCACCACCAUCGCCAAGAAGCAGCAGAUCUUCCUUCGGGAUGACGAACAGAGCCCAGAGGUGAAGAGACCCAAAUUCGUGCAAGCCCAAUUCGACUUCUCUGCUCAUGACAGCUCCCAGCUGCCCUUCUACCGCGGGGACAUCAUUGAGGUGCUGGACUGCCCCGACCCCAACUGGUGGCAGGGAAAGAUCUAUGGACGCAUUGGCUUCUUCCCCCGCAAUUAUGUCCACCCCAUCCGCAAAGCCUGCCCCACUGCCAGCACCAACAAAUACCCAUAUGUGAAGAAGCAGACGGCUGUGUGACGUUGAGAGGUAUCCAAACUUCUGCGGGGUCACGAUGGGUGGCAGCUCCUGGCCAGAACUCCUCCAGCUCCAGCUCCAGGAAGGCUGCAGUCAGCUGGGACAUGGCUGGGCUCAGGGAUGCUGUGGAGCAGUGCUGGGGUAUGGGUUGCUGGAAGGGCUGCUCAGGAGGAAUUCAGUCCUGCUGGUGCCAUUUGUAGCUGCAAAUUGUGGCUUUUUUGGUUGUUUUUUUUUUUAUUAUUAUUUUUUCUAGAGUUAGUAAAGUGUGUUGGGAUUAAA